CCCGUUGAAAAUGAAUGGGGGCGGCACUUUGUCUCUGGCGAAUUUGGAAGCGGUGUAAACCCUACCAGUACAUACCGUAGCUUCUUCAUACUCUUAUUAGGCCAAAUUAAGACAUGUCGAAAAGGUCUGUAGUAUGGCAGCAUUUCAUAGUAGUAAUGGAUGACGCCAAAAAAGUGGAAUGCAAACUCUGCAAACAGCGGUUUGCUUACCAUAGUUCGACAACGAAUAUGACAUAUCACUUGAAAACAGCGCAUCCCCAGUACAGCACGAGCGCCUCCACUGCUAGCUCAGGUUUAACCCAAACCACCUUGGACCAGAAUUCCCCAAUCUCAGAAAAAAGAAAGAGAGAGAUAACGGAUGGUAUCGUGGACUUCAUUGCCUUGGACAUGAGGCCUGUUAACCUGAUAGAGGGCGUGGGAUUUAAGGAUAUGAUGAAAAUCUUGGAGCCUGGUUACACUGUUCCCAAGAGAGAGACUGUUAUGCAUGCUCUGACAGCGAAAUAUGAGACCACGAAAGAGAAGGUUUUGGAGUCUAUCAAAAACAGCCAGGCAGUAAGUUUUACAACCGACAUGUGGACCUCACUGAGGAUGGAGUCAUACAUGACCGUAACUGCCCAUUUCAUUACGGAGGCCUGGGGACUGCAGUGUCUUGUGCUGGAGACAAAGCAAAUGGAGGAGAAUCACACCGCCGCCACCAUUGCGCAGAGACUUGGAGAAGUGGCCGACAAAUACGAAAUCCCAGGAUGUAAAAGGGUCGCUGUGGUACACGACAACGCCGCAAAUAUGAUUUUGUGUGCAGAUAUACUGGGGCGGGAGGAGAAAUGGGCAGGCGUUAAAGGAAUCAGAUGUGCUGGACACACCUUACAGCUGUGCAUCAACGCCACUCUCAAUCAAGACCACAUCUGUCGCACUGUGGUUGCAGCCAGACUCCUUGUGGCUCAUUUUAAGAAGCGAACAAAAGCCAGAAAGGGACUAAAGGAGAAACAAAAAGAACAAAAGGUGGUUGAACAUGUCCUGAUCCAAGACGUUUCCAUGCGGUGGAAUUCUUCUCAGACCAUGUUAGCGCGUCUGAUAGAACAGAGAUGGCCUGUAACAGCAGUGCUCUCCGACCCCAACUACACUGGAGAAAAUGAACGCAACCUUGAUCUCACCCCAGCGCAAUGGAACAUGGCAGAGGACAUUUCAAAUGUGCUGAAGCCCAUUGUCACCCUGACUGAGCUGCAGUCCGAGGAGGAAAAUGCAUCCUUAUCUGCAACCAUACCCAUGUUGGCCAACCUCAAACGCCGUCACUUGGCACCAGUGGAGGACGACAGCCCCACCACUAAGAGUCUUAAAACAAGGCUGGUGGAGGAAUCUGACAACAGAUGGCAGCUCAAAGACCGACUAUUUGAGAGUAGUAUAUACGUCCAAGCAGCAGUCGUAGACCCCCGCUUCAAGCUGCUUUCGUUCCUUGACGAUGCAAAACGGGACGUAGCCUACAUCAACGUGUCCCAGCUGGCCGACCGGUUGAGCGCUGAGGGAGACCGAGACAGCUCUACACCCACAGAUGAAGAGGUACCCGCACCAAAAAGAAAAAAAACAGAUAAGGAGCGAGAGAUUGAUAUGCUAAUGUGUGGAGAUGAGGGAGAGAAAGAGUUUCCGGGGGAUAGCAAAAAAGAAGUUAAGUAUUAUCUCCAAGAUAGAACGAAAGUCGACGCUGGACCACUAGCUUGGUGGGGGAAAAAUGAGGACAGGUAUCCGAGGCUGGCCAGAGCAGCGAAAUACCUCCUCUCGAUUCCGGCAACCUCUACUCCAUCAGAGCGGAUAUUUUCCAAGGCAGGGUUUAUAUUCAAUAAAACGAGGAGCUGCCUUCUGCCCGAAAAUGUUGACAAGCUGGUGUUCCUGUCGCAUAACUUGAAAAGAUUGGGGAAGUAGGCUAUUAAACGACAGCCCAGGUCUAUGUGAGUAAGUAGGCUAGUCCGAUACAGUUGACAGAUGGAGAAGAAACUAUUAUGCUAAAUGUUUGGAAUAGCCCAUGCUUAUUUUUGUAGCCUAUGCAAGCCAUUUUAUAUGUUCAGCAUUACAGUUUAAGCUAAUGUUGAUACCAUUUGGGGCUACACCUUGCUCUUUAUUUUGUUAUUCAUGUAUUUAAUUAAUAAUUAAACAUUUACUGUUUAAUGUUCAA